AUGGCUUUUACCAUCAUGAACCGACUCAGCAUGGAGAAUCUACAGAGCCAAUCACCCAAAGACCUGGACUUCCAGCUCCAGGAUCCAUUCCUGCCUUUAUACCGCAAUGCACGAUUGUUGAUGAAGUUCAACUUUGUCUCUCUCUGCAUCUCAAACCCCCUUGUCUUCUUCCCAGUGGUAAUCCAUGGGAUUUGGUUCUAUGAUAAGGAGGACUGUCGACGCAUUGCCCAGGGGAUGAAGACUCUGACCCAACAGGAGCAGGUCCUGGCUCAGUCCCACGGUGGUUGGUUAUCCCGAGGAGGAGUAGGGGGAGGAGGAGAAGGUGAAGUAAAGGGAGUGGACAUCAUCCAGAUGUUAACCAAAGCCCGCACAGAGUAUGAUAAGGAAAAGUCAACCUCAGAGCCAAAGGAGAUUGGUGGUAGAGGCGUUCUAAGAAACCCCAACCUGAUUAAACCAAUACCCGUUAAACCAAACACUCAGGACAAUGAAGGUGCUGAGCCCAAGCCUCUUUCUUUGGCUACUCUGUUUGGCUCUCAGCAUCAGCAUCGCUCAUCUAAACCUGACUCUGUCCCUCUUGUGAAUGCUUCACCAAUGGGAUCAUCAACAGGAAAAUCUCGCCCGCCUGUAGCUCGCACACUCACCUACGAUGAUACUGUGAAUUCUGGCAGAAAUGUGGCCUCUGAUGGAGGUAUCAAGGCUGUGGUUGGGCAAGAUGGAGGAAAUGCUGUUUCUGGCUUGCUGCAAAGUCCCACUAAUUCUCACCAGCUGCAGCCUAACCAACCGCAGCACUGCCGCAUCGCAAAGCUCAUGCAGGGACAGAGAGGUGUCGGUAGUGUUGGUGGGGUGCUGCAGACAGUAUCCGAGUCCCCCGAGAACCGGCUGUGUGACAACGGGGUGCUGCUGGAGCAUCACCCCCAUCACCAUCAUCUUUAUCACCAUCAGCAGCCACACCACCAUCACCCGCAUCAGCUUCAACCUGACCCAAUCAAGAGACUUUUCCAAACCCAGCCACCUCCCACCCACACCUCUUUCUCCUCUGCUGCCCCUAAGUGUUGCUCUAACCCUCAUCUCUCCUCCCAGCCUGUACUAGUGGAUUCUGCAUCAUGCGCUCACCUUCAAGCGCAACAAAGCCAGCAGCUGUUUUUCAGCCUGUCCAAUUCUCAACCUGAAAUGCAGAAGCCAACAGCUUCAACCGCACAGGGAACAGGACUGUCUCAGAUGCCAGGUAUGGUGUCACCUCAUGAGCUCCUCCAAAAGCUCCAGUUGGUCCAGCAGGAGCAAAGCCUGGCUUCUAAUCUCCUGCCUCGAAUCUGUCCAGGACUGGCUCCUCGAUUCUUGGGGCCUGCUCAAAGUCAGGGUGCAGGCUCAGCUUUAGCCACUGUCCCAAACCCAACUGCAGGCACUGCAGCUCAUAAAGCGGCACUGCAGUUACAGUGUAUUCAUCCAGACAAAGUCAAGCAGUGGGUUGUCAGCAGUUUGGUCAGGAGAGCUGCCACACACCCUUAA